CGGACCCAGUGGUACAGAUCGAAGGCAAUCCACAUUGUUGUUUCUUCAACUUCAGCCCCAAGAUUAUGUUCACCAAGGUAGUAAAGGCACAGCUCUGGGUGUACCUACGGCCUGUUCAACACACAUCCACAGUUUAUCUACAGAUCCUGCGUCUUAAGCCAGUGACAGAGGAUGGUAGCCGCCACAUCCGCAUCCGCUCACUCAAGAUUGACCUGAAUUCACGCAUUGGCCACUGGCAGAGCAUUGACUUCAAGCAUGUGCUACAGAACUGGUUCAAGCAGCCUCAGAACAACUGGGGUAUCGAGAUCAAUGCUUUUGAUCCCAGUGGCAAUGACCUGGCUGUGACUUCUCUUGGGCCUGGUGCUGAAGGCCUGCACCCCUUCAUGGAGCUGCGUGUGCUGGAGAACAACAAACGGUCCCGACGGAAUUUAGGGUUAGACUGUGAUGAGCACUCAACUGAAUCCCGCUGCUGCCGGUACCCCCUGACUGUUGACUUUGAAGCCUUCGGCUGGGACUGGAUUAUUGCCCCGAAGCGGUACAAAGCCAACUAUUGUUCAGGCCAGUGUGAAUAUAUGUUCAUGCAGAAAUAUCCCCAUACCCACUUGGUGCAGCAAGCUAAUCCCCGGGGUUCAGCAGGGCCAUGCUGUACACCCACCAAGAUGUCCCCUAUCAACAUGCUGUAUUUCAAUGACAAACAGCAGAUCAUCUAUGGCAAAAUCCCUGGCAUGGUUGUUGACAGGUGUGGAUGCUCUUAAACUCCCAGCCUGUUCUGUUACAUCCUUUUCCUGUUCCCCCGGAUUCUUGUUUCGAUGAUGCACCCUGACAUUGAUGAAUCCAUUCAUUAGCAUUUUAAAACACUUUUGAAGAGAAAGUAAUUGUGGGAAAAGAACAAAAUGAAUAGAAUUGUAUUGAAAAUCUCUGAAGUGACAACAUGCGCUGUGCAAUAAUCAAAACAGACAUCACAUUAAUGGAGAGUGGAUGAGUUGGCUUGGAUCAAUACUUUCA